UACAUUCUUGUGGAAACCUACAAGACAGGCUGGUCAAAUCUCCGAGGAGCCUUCCAGCUAACCAAAAUACUGCAAACGGCUGACCAAUUCACAGCAACCAUGAGUAAAAAUGCUGAUGAAGAUCAGAUCAAAGCUAGGCUGGAGCAAUUGAGAUGUCACUUUACAUGGAAGUUGCUGAUUGAAGACACUGAACUGCCUGAUUUAGAAAACAGGGUCUUCGAUGAGAUUGAUUUCCUAGACACAAAAUUCAAUGUGGGAAUACACAACCUACUGGCCUAUGUGAAACACCUGAAAGGUCAGAAUAAGGAAGCCCUGGAGUGUUUGAAAGAAGCUGAAGACUUAAUCCAGACAGAACACGCCGACCAGUCAGAUGUGAGCAGUUUGGUCAACUGGGGCAACUAUGCCUGGCUGUACUACCACAUGGGCAGACUGCCAGACGCCCAGAUUUACCUGGACAAGGUGGAGGCCACUUGCAAGAAGUUUGCCAGUCCCUCCUGCUACACAAUGGAGAGUCCAGAGAUGGACAGUGAGGAAGGAUGGGCCUUGCUGAAAUGUGGAGGAAAGAAUUAUGAACGGGCUAAAGCCUGCUUUGAGAAGGCUCUGGAAGUGGACCCUGAAAACCCUGAAUUCAACACUGGCUAUGCAAUUGUUAUGUAUCGUCUGGAUGGCUUUACCAAAACAUCACAGAUCGAUGAGGCAUAUUGUCUGCAGCCCCUAGAACGGGCCGUCAGGCUAAAUCCAGAAGAUGCAUAUAUUAAGGCUCUCCUUGCCUUGAAGCUGCAGGAUUUCAAUCGAGAAGCUGAGGGAGAAAAGUACAUUGAAAAAGCACUGACCGACACAUCUUCACAGACCUAUGUCUUACGAUAUGCGGCCAAGUUUUAUCGAAGAAAAGGUUCUAUAGAAAAAGCUCUUCAGCUCUUAAAAACCGCUUUGCGGGCAACACCCUCCUCUGCCUUCUUGCAUCACCAGAUAGGGCUUUGCUAUAGAGCAAAAGUUAUUCAAAUGAAGAAAACGGCAAAUUGGCAGCCUAGAGGACAGGACAGAGAAAACAUCAACAAAACAACCAGAUUAGCCAUAUCUCAUUUUGAAUUUGCUCUGGAACAAAAGCCAACAUUUGACAUUGCUUAUAUACACCUAGCAGAUAUGUACAUAGAAGCAGGCGACUACGCAAAAACUGAUGAUCUUUAUCAAAAAGUGUUCCGCAUGACACCACUUGAAGAUGAAAAACUGCAAGAGUUAUAUCUCCACCACGGUCGAUAUCAGGAAUUUCAAAGGAAAUCUGAAGUCAGUGCAAUGAUCUAUUAUUUGAAAGCAAUAAAAAUUGAAAAGCCAACAGUAGUAAGAGAUAGAAGUAUCACUAGUUUGGAGAAAUUAAUUUUAAAGAAACAUCGAAGAAAUGCAGAGGACAUAGAAAGCUUGAGCAUCCUUGGGUUCAUCUACAAACUGAAAGGAGAAAUGAACAAAGCCCUGGAGUGUUAUGAGCAGGCCCUGAGGCUGGCUAAUGAGUGAGAAGUGUGUGGGACAUGUCCCUUAGGUGCUGAAAUAUGGCCCACUUUCACAUUUCAUUUGAUUUUAUGUUAAUGUGUACUAAUCAUCGUUUCUGCUUGCUGCUUUCAGAAACAUGUAAUUUUUGAACAAUUACUCAAAACUGAUAAAAUACUACCUGUAUUCAGAAAAUGAAACAGAUUACACAUGUCUCUGUGUAAGAAAGAGAUGUACCUUUUCUCUGUGAAUGCUAUAUAGUAGAAAACAUUUUGUUAAGUAGAUUUGCAACAAAUAAAACACUGUACUUACAUAAAGUAAAAUGAAUCAUUCAUUUGAUCAACACAUAGUUUUCAGUGCUAGAUACCAAAUAUAUUAUGGUGAUGUAAGGAAAAUCCUUUUUCUCUACCCCUCUUAGGUUUCUUGACUGGGGCCUCAUAAAUUAGACUAAGAAAAGACAGAAUAACAAGAGAAAAACAAACAAAAGUUCAUUAAGAUGUGCAUUUCACAUACUGGUGGCAAUAUCCAGUGAGGAGUACUCACCAUUAAAGGGGUGGUUAGAUCUUGGGCUUAUAUAACAUCUUAACAAAAAAACAAUGAAUUUUCAGAGAAGUGAUAAGACAAAGAAAAAGAACUUUUGAGUUUCUAGGGUGCCGAAUUGUAGGAAGGGGAAAACUACUGGAAGACAGCUGCUAGUUAGUAAGGUUUGUUAUGUAGAUGCCUUUGGUAGUGACUGGGCUAAGUGAGUUGUUGCAGGUGAUUCACUUGUCUUUCCUGGCAGGGGAGGUGGGACACCUUCAUGGAUUUAUGUGCUACUUUUACACAGAUGGGUGAUGGGAGAGAGCUUUUUUAUAUCUGCUUCUCAACUGCCUUCAGCUCAAAAUUAUGUGGCAUCUUGGGGGUGGCAUAUUCUACUCCUUCAGUGAAAAAGAAAAAACAAAGAACCAGACAUUUUGCCCAAACCUCAUAUAGUUUACAGUCUAGUGAGAGAGACAGACAGUAAAACAAUGACACAAUCAAUCAAAGGUCAGGUUUCUUCAUGAAGAUACUUGAAAUUUAAUUUCUUGUCAGCUGUUCCAAAUAGUUUCUCUUGAUUUCUGCUAGUUUGUUUGAAACAUUAUUUAUUCGGUCAAUUGCUGCUAUUUAUAUAAUUAGAUCAAGAAAUAUGAAACAGCCCAGCUGGUGUGGCUCAGUGAAUUGAGCAUCCUCCCAUGCACCAAGAGGUCAGGUGUUCCAUUCCCAGUCAGGGCACAUGC